CCGUGUUCCGUUCUCCUCUGCACCCCAACUCCUCCCGUUCCUCCCAGUCCCGAGCCACAGCGGACGGCAGGGGGGGUCACUGCCCCUCCUCUGAUCAUCAGUGCUCCCGCCCUGAACCUCGCUGGAUGAACACCGGAACCUCGCGGGAGUUUCACAGGGAAGCAUGUUGAGGAUAACCUCCUUGGACAUUUUGCGGAUCUUUCUUUUCCUGGUUAUAAUAAUUGUGGGCCUGAAGAUAUGCUACAAGCCAAAGACCACACCAACUGACACACCUAAGACCAUUAACUUCUGGAGUAAGCAUGGAAAAUCAAUGACAAAUAAAGACAAAGUGAUGACUGUGGCCAAAGAAAUCUCUCAGCAAAGAGAGGUCAAGACAAAGCCAGUGGUGAAAGCAGGACCAGUCCAGCUGAAGGAUUAUGGUUCUUCAGGGAUGAGAGUCGUGCACUUGGAUCUCAAAGGAGCUCCUCCCAAACUUGCUUAUCUGAAAGAGAUCUUUCCACUUCUGUCCAGUAUCGGGGUCAAUGGUAUAUUAAUGGAAUACGAGGAUACCUUUCCUUACCACGAUAAGCUUGAAAUCCUCAGAUCGACCUAUGCAUUCAGCUCUGCUGACAUCGACCAGAUUCAACAGUUGGCUGAGAGCAAUAACCUGGAGAUUAUACCCUUAAUUCAAACCUUUGGGCACAUGGAGUUUGUUCUCAAGCACAACAAAUAUUCGCACCUCCGAGAGGUGGGGAAAUACCCCAAUAGUCUCAAUCCUCAUUUACCAGAAUCUCUGAAUCUAGUGAAGGAGAUGCUCUCCCAGGUACUUGCCAAACAUAGGAAGUGUACCUGGCUCCACAUAGGAGCUGAUGAGGUGUUUCAUCUUGGGGAAAGUACAGGAUCCAAACAGUGGAUAAAGGAAGGACGAGGAGACCUUGGACAGAUAUACCUUAAGCACAUCAAGGAAGUUGUGAGUUUUGUGGUCAACAACUAUCCUGGCCUUAAACUUGUGUUAUGGGAUGAUAUGAUGCGGAAGAUUAGUAAAGAAAAAAUCCACGAAUCUGGCAUAGCUGAAUAUAUUUCUCCAAUGAUAUGGUUCUACAGUCCAAAAUUUGAUGUUGCCAAAGUAGAAGAAUUCCUCACUAAGUAUGUGGACAGUGGAUUCAGGAGCAUCUGGUUUGCAAGUGCCUUCAAGGGGGCAACAGAUGUUAACCAGGUCUGGACCCCGAUCAAGAACCACCUGGAAAAUCACCUUCAGUGGUUGCAGGUGAUUAAGUCCAUGUCAAAGUUCCCAUCCCUUCGCUUCCAGGGGUUGGCAUUAACGGGCUGGCAGAGGUACGAUCAUUUCUCGACACUGUGUGAACUCCUGCCAGUUGCGAUCCCAUCCCUGGUGGUCUGCAUGGAAGCUGUGACUUUUGGAUCUUUUACAAAUGACGCAAAAACCAAGGCACAGGAGAUUUUGGGAUUUAAAAAUAUCAACCUGGAAGAUAACGUAACUGAAGGAGAUGGAUCAUUUGCAGGGGUUGAAAUUUAUCAUAUGGUUCAUCAGAUCUACCAAAAUCUGAAAUCUGAAGUAACCAAAGUUCUGGAAAAUAACAGCAAAAUCGAAGGGUGGUUCAACCAUUACCACAGAAAAUAUCGGUUUGGAAAUCCUCGGAACAUGGAACAAUUUGGCAGCAAAAUAAUCCAAGUUCACACUCAGUGGGAGGAGUACUUGGGAAAGUUCCGUGAGCAGAUGGAGAAGAUUUAUUUCCCUGACACCGUGGAAGAAUGGAUGGAAGUGCACGUGAACCCAUACAUGGACCCUCUGCGAGAAUUUGUGAAAGACUACAAGGAAAUUAUCACAUUAAUGGCUGCACCUAAACAACAAGCAAAAAAUCAAUGAGAGUAAGUUGGCAGAAUAACUGGAAGCCAUCCAUUCGUACAGUAGCUGUAAAUGCACAGUAUAGCAGAGCGACCAUCAAAUCACAGGGUCUGGGUGCUGCAUCGUCACAUUUCAUUUCAGUUUGCCAAAGGUAUGGAUUUCACAGCAUGGAAUUCUCGUAGCUCAGGCUGCAGAAGGAAGGCAUUCAACUUCAGGGAAACCAACACCAAGAUGGUUGGAACUUCACAUAAAAUUAGGCAAAAAUCUUGUGCAAUGUGGAAUAAUUGGAUAUUUUAAAAAAACUUUUAGAAGUGACUAUAAGCUGAAGAAUCUGUGAAAGGAUUCAUUCAUAUAGACACAAACAUGACACAUUUUAAUCUAUUUUUUCCACAGUUUCUGUGGUAUGACUGCAGAAUUUUCAAGUUAACAGAUAUAGAGUAAAGAAAUUUCACUGAUGCCAAUAGCAUAGUUCUCCCCCCUCAAAACAAUUUAUCUGUGAAAACUGAUGACAUGGCCUAAUUAAACUGAGCAAUUCAUAGACCAAUAUGGACUUAUAGAGACAGGGAUGUAGCAUCAAAAAGGAGGGACUCAUCAAUUAAUUGUCGUGGGUUGAUUUUUGCACUUUUAAAAUUUGACAAACUGCAGUGGAACUAUUUAUAGAGGUGGUUGCCCGUACCGAAGAGAAUGAGCAGCUUUGAGUGUCAUAGUGUCCUUCAGCACAGAAAUAAGCCCUUUGGACCACCAUGUCCAUGCCACCCAUUGUACCUAUCUGCACUAAUCCUAUUUACCCACAUUAGGUUCUUAGUGUUCAAUACCAUGGCGUUUCAAGUCUAGAUGUUGGGGGACCCUGUAAUAUAACCCCAGCAAAGUGAUUUCCCCUUUCUUAUUUCUAAGUUUUACCCAUCUGAUGAGAUGGUGACACAAGAGAUUGCAAAUUUUGGAAUCUGGAGUAAAAAACAAACUGCUGGAGGAACCCAGUGGGUUAAACAUCCGUGGAGACUAAGAGAUAGUUGACCUUUCAGGCCGAGACCCUGAAACCAGGACUGAGAGUGUAGAGGCGAGAUAGCCAGUAUAAAGAGGUCAGGAGGAGGGGUGAGGCAGGGGCUUUCAGGUGAAAGGUGGAACCAGGUGAGGAGGGGGAUGAGGGCAGAUGGUGCCGGGGGGAGAAGAGGAGAAACAAAAGAUUGUAGAUGCUGGAAGAAGAUGAAAAGCACUGUGAUGCUGGAGAAACUCAGCAGGCCAGGCAGCAUCCAUGGAGAAACACAGGCGGUCAACAGUUUGGGUCAGGACCCUUCUUCAGGACUGAAGAUACGAAAAGGGGAAGCCCAAUAUAUAGGAGGGAAAAACAGAGCAGUGAUAGGUGGAGAAAAGAGGGGAGGCGGGUGGGAACAAGGUGGUGAUAGGUAGAUGCAGGUAAGAGAUAGUGAUAGGCAGGUGCGGGGGAGGAGGGGAGAGCAGAUCCAUCAGGGGAUGGGUCAAAGGUAAGGAGAAAAAAGGG